CAACCAGCGCGUCGUGUGUGUGUGCGUGUGUGUGAAUGUGUGUAGUUUUUUUUUUUCGGUGAAGAAGAGAAAAGUGCAGUGAUACGAGUUUGUGUGUAAUAUGCGGGUAUCGUGAGGGAACCAGAGCGCAAGCUGUGGAAAGCCGUGUGCCUUACUUGAUGACUAUUUUUUCACCCCCGAAGUUCCUUAAAACGGGGGUUAUGUUUGCACUUACCUUGGUCCGCCAUGGGGAGACACUUCACAACAAAGACAACGUCAUUCAAGGUCAGCUGGAUGUACCGCUGUCGACCAUCGGCCUCGAGCAGGCCGAGCUGCUUGGCAAGCACCUGCAGCAGCAGAGGUUCACUCACGUCUACAGCAGUGACCUGUCACGUGCCAAACAGACAGCUCAGUCUAUCUUGGAGAAGAAUCAGGUGACCCCAGGGCCCAUUGUUGAAGAUCAGCGGCUACGAGAAAGGAAAUUUGGCACGGUGGAAGGCCGUAGCUUUGGCUACCUGAAGGAAGCGUCCAACAAGGCAAAUCAGUCGGUGAGCUCCUACACGCCACCUGGGGCCGAGACCCUAGACCAGGUACGGAAGCGUGCCGUCGCCUUCUUCGAUGACCUGUGCCAGCUUCUCCGUGGAUCGUACCCCACGGAAGACCAGGAAAACCUGAGCCCCAGCAAGCGGAAACGUGAGGAACAGUCGCCGUCACUGCCAUCAUCGCUGAGCAGUUCCCCAUCCUCGUUCCCGCCUCCUUACAACUCCCCAUCAUCGACGGCGCCACCAUUUGCCGACGAACUCAUCCGUGCAGCGCUCAGCCCAAGCGCCGAUGAAUCCAGCGUUGCGGCAGCCGCAGACCCGGCCCCCAACGUCUCUCUCUCUCCGCUCAUCGAGCAGUGGCCAUCGGCCGGCGGCAACAACCCGCCGCGGAAGCUUUCAGCCUGCAGUUCAUCGGACGAAGGCGACGGUGUCGGCGGAGGCGCGCUUUUGGCGAGCGUCCUCGUAGUCAGCCAUGGUGCACUCCUGCGCGAGAUGGUGCGGCACCUCGUCGAAGACCUCGGCUGCUGCGUGCCGGGUGGUCGCAACCAGGCAAUGCGCAUCAGCCCCAAUGCGGGGAUAUCCAAGUUCACUGUGUCGGGACCGCGCGAAAAGCCGCGCAUUGUUUGCCACUUGAUUCACGACCGGCAGCACCUAAUGGGCGGCAGCGCCUGCCCCAUCGUGAGCGCAGCGGAGGCAAUACCGCGGAGGCGGGAGGUGCAGACAGCUGGCUUGUCCGCGGAUGCAACGGCACUGUAAUUAGGCAGAGGCGCUGGAUUUGAGCAAAACACUGGGGAACUGUGAACUGAACCGUCUCGUUUUUCUGUACUGAAAGCACCUUGUGUUUUGUUUUAUUUUUACUUCCUGAUCUAUUAUGAAAAUGGCAGCGGCUGAAGUGUUGGCAUGGCUGUCACAUAAGGCUUUCCAUGAGCCUUAUGGGCUGAAAAAGACGUCAAGGCUGCCUGCCGACUUCAGAGCUUUUUAAGUGGCUGGCAGCAGUGACGGGUCUGUCAUUUUUCGUGUCGGAUGUGUGCUGCUCACUUUUUGCACAUUGGUGCAAUUUGUUUUUGUUUGUUUUUUCCAUGUUGAAACAGUAUUUUUGCACCUCAGAAAAACGGGGCUGUCUACAUUGCUAGAAGAGGGGCACUUUUUACUUCAUACGUCCUAAAUACGCUCGCCUUCUUUCAGAGGUCCUUUUGUUUUGCAGUGAAAAUUGUCAUUUGCACUGCACAUCCGUUCGCUUCAGGUUGCACACUGUCAGCGUAAUGAGACAUUGUUAACAUUGAAGUAGCGAGUGCUAUUUUGGUAAACGUGAGCAAAUAGGAUGACAAUUAUUGCGGAUAGAAAGACACAUCGAAGGCUGUGAUUGUGUUUAGAGUGCAGUGUCAGCAUCGUCCGCAUAUCCAACAGAUAGGAGUAGUAGUGAAGUGCGUGGAAAGUGCGACCGGUUUGCCCUUCUUUACUUUUCCUUUUUUUGCGCUCAGAUGGCGUGAUUGCUUUAGUUUUUCAUGUUGUUUCAAUCGUCUCUGUUUACGCGGAAACAGUAUUUGAAUCUUAUAUGACACUAGGACAUUUUCUACAACUGAAGCAGAAAAGGCAGGAGCAUACUUUUUUCCAAGUGCCGUGCGGCCAUUUUUUUCUUUAUAUAAAUAACAUUUUAUCAACGAGUCGUGGUCAGAGACAGGCGGCUUUCAAUAGUCGGCAGCAUCAGAUCAUAUUCUGUAAGAUUGUUGAAUGUUAGUCCAGUCUCACCAAAGCGUGCUUCGGAACCCGUUCAUUUGUGUUUCCAUCUCGUAACACCAGUGUUUCAGAAUACUAGUAAUUCAUUCUUUCUGGAACCGGUUCACUCGUGGUUCCAUUUUGCGACACCGGUGUUUCAGAAUGGUGAUUCAUUGUUUGUCUCCAGGUCUGGGGCUUGUGUGCUUGUGUUGGCAGAGUUUAUCUGUUUUUAAUUGUGACUGAAGAGCUAUGGCUUCGUGUUAUUACCCCUACAUGCUCCCCCAUCUUGUAACCUUUAUCAUGUGUUUCAUCGUUGUCCUGGGCAUCCAAGAAAGAAAGCUAACACGAUGUUUCACAGUAUGGACCGACUAUUCACCAGUUGCAAAUUUGUCCCCGUAAUGCACUUUUUGUUGGGGUCUUCCUUGUAAUCUAUGCGUAACAAGCAUUUCGUACUUAGAAAACAAAAGCACUGCUUCUAUGAUGUAAACACAUGAUGGAUAAGAUUGAAUUUUUUUGACACUUGUGACUAUGGAAACAUAAUGGAGUGUUUAUUUUCCUGUGCACCUGCAAAGCUUUUGUGUUGUCAGUAUGUUUGUAAUAUAGUAAACCCACCUUUUCAUUUUUGUUUUUUGGUUGCCCCAGUUAUUUCUUCGUUGCUUCAUUAAAGAAAAUACAGAAAUCGAAUGAGCUUGCUAGCCCUCUGCCUCAGCUGUCUUAAAUGCUUUUGUUUUGUAAUAUAAAAUCCUUGUGAACUAUUUUAUUAAGUGCAGCAGAGCAGUUUUUUUAGCAAUAGUAACCAAACGAAAUCUGUGGGAUCUUGAAAGAGAGCUGCCUUAUCUUAAUUUGUUAGGAUGUUGUAUACUUCGCCAGACAUGGACAGUUUUUUUUUUUUCUCGUGAACUACAAACUUUCGUUACCCAAGGAACUUUCAUUAAUCAAACACACUCUUUAGUGUUGCUUGACAGUUUCAAAACGUUUUUUCAUGCAAGAAAUCUAAUGAAAUUUGAAAAAUCGAGUGUUGCAUAACAGCAAUGCUAAUACGCAUAAGCUAGUCUAACGGCAGUCAGCCUAAUCGGAAAUCUUCGAAUAACGGGAUUCUGUUACUUUGCUUUGUUUUCCAGCCAGUGUAUGAAAACCAGAUAUUCCAACAGAGCGGUUGUGAAAGAUGGGAGUUGUUAAAACUGCAUGAAAUGCAUACAAGUGAUAAGGAUUUAUAAACUAGCGGCUUGCGAUUAGUCUAUCGGAAUGUGCUGUGCUGUGUCAAUUUGCAGCAGUAUGAAAUGAACUGCCAAAGGUGACAGGGUAACUGCAGCUCUCCCUUUUCUAACCAUCUUGUUCUCUAUUUUUGUUUUUAAUUUAAACUCUCAGCCUCUCCUCUGUUAUAUCUGCUAUAGUGUUCAGAAAAUUGCUGUUUUGGUAAGACAAUUAUUAUGUUAUCAAAAUAGCUAAUACCUGAGUGCAAUUUUUUAAAAAAGGUAGCAAUUAUUUCAUAAAACAUGGGAUAAUUGCCUUCAGAAUUGUUGCAUACAAAUCAGACUCUUCUUGUUUCUUUUUUGUUUUUAUUUUCACAUUGGUGCUGUUCUGUUCUUUUUUUUUUUUACCAUUGCUGAACUUGUGAAGUUCAAACUCAUGUGUAUGUGUUGUGAUUGCAAAGUUCAUUAAGGUUGCAGUCGCUAGCUUAUUUCUAAAUUUUUUUAUACCAAAGUGUAUCGACAGCUCUACCUUGCAGAUGAGGGCAAAAAUGAAAUAUCAUGACAACCUUAGCACUCAUUUUUGGGCCCACUGUCUAAGUCUCCCAAUGUAGCUGACACUGGCCCUAUGGUGAUCACAUUGUGGAUGUGUUGGGAGUCCUCUGGGGGUGUUGUCGAUUCUAAGGGUAUUGAAUUUUAAGCGCAGCUUCUUUUUGUGCUGGGUGAACGCAGAUGACUUUUUAACAGUUGCCCAAUCGGGAAGCAUGCUGUAACAUCUUGCGUUGUCUCAACACGGCAAUUAUGUCUACUUGAAUGCCAUGCGGAAUUUUCGCGCUGCGGUAAGACUGUGUGCUGUCUGUUCAGGUUUGUUAAAACAUAGCCACACUUUUUACCUUUUGAUCUGUGCUUAGCUGCCACUUUCAAAAGCUGAUUUCCAGACCAAUUGCUGUAUUACUUUAUGCAAAAUGAUUAAUCAAUGCAGAUUAACCAAGAAGAAACAAUGUAUGCUUUGGUACUAUAGCACCAAAACAUCUCUGCCUCUGCUCCCAUUUUUAUGUUCUCAUUGUUUUUUUUGUUCGUUCAAAAUGCAUCUGCCAAAGGCUCUUUCAUACCCACCACUAGCGCUGGCUGUGCGACCAAGUUAGUCAGAAGCGGUCGCAAGCUGCGGUUAUAGUCCCAAAGCCACUGUUUUGGCUCAAUAUCUCACUGCCUGAUUUUUCAGUUGCGUGACUGCUGUCUCAAAGCCUCUGCACCAAUCAGAUGCGCAGUAACAGGGUGUCAGCAUAAUAAUCGUGGUAAUCGUAAUGCGAUCAGACGUGAAUUCCGCAUGUCGACGGGUCUUAGUCGCGCACAGGUGUGAACAUCGGUUGCGUUGAGUCACUUUUCAGUCGCAAACGGUCGCGCGACCAGUGCUAGUUGCAAGUGUGAAUGAGAUCUGUCUCUUGUCUCCGCCCUGCAAAAGGUGUUGCAUUUCGCCAGCAAUGCUUCUAUUUCUUGCAUGCACAUUUGCUUUUGGCAUGGUGCCCUUUAUUCCAGCAAAGGCCACUUUUGGAUCUAUUCUUUGGUUUCGCUCUGGCCUAAAUUUAAACAUGCGUACCAUUGUUGCCUGCUGUGGCAGCUUGGGGAGUACGGGACUAAGCUGCUAACCUCAAUGACAUGAGGCUGAUUCCCAGCCACAACAGAUGUAUUUAGACGGUGGCGAACAGCAAAAACACCCAUGUACACUCAGACCACACUAUAACAAAGUCGCACUUGCCCCGACAAUACUUUUUUAGAUCCGAAAGUUUGUUAUAAAGAUACAUUUCUAAUACAGUAUACAUGACAGAGCUGUUCCUCACUUCGUUAUGCCCAAUAAGUUGUUAUAUCUGGGUUUGUUAUAUGGAUGUAUAAGUGUAGUUACAUUUAGAUGCACAUAAACGAACCCCUGGUUGCCUGAAGUGUUGGCUGCCGCACUUGCCAUCCACGCAUUUUUCCCCACACAAAGUUCAACCGUUAUGGCUGGAAACCAAGACUGUGUCUUCGUACAUGGCCAUAUGGUUUUAUAGCUGCUGAGACUGCCACGUGGGCUAUUUUAAUAACAACAGGCUGUCUAUCAUGAAUUUGAUAACACACCAACCACACUGAUCUUUCUGUUAACAUUCUUUUGGGUUUAAUUUUAUAGGCUUGGUUUGUUUAAAUUUCUGUACACUGUCAUAUUUAUUAUUAUGCCUGGUAUUUUGUUUAUAGAGUUGCAAGAAGAACCCGACAAAAAAAAGUAGCCCUGAUUUUGCGAAGUACUUAACAGUUGGUCGCAGAAAAGACAAAGGGCUAUAUCGAUGUCUUGUCAAAAUUUUUAAGGAAUAUAUUUAUGUUCUGGGGUUGUGGUCAUGAUGAAGGCAUGUGUACUAUGCGGAAUUCAAUGCUCGUACCUUGUGGAGUAUAUUGAAGAACUUUGAAGUGCUGUUCUGUUAUUUUGUGGCACUUAUGUCUCAGUCGGAGUUGGUUUUAGUGACAUAUUUAUCAAUUCUGCAUUGUUGGUUCGCGUUAAAUUUUUUUCAAAUUCUUGUUCGUGUUUAUACGGUAACAACAAAACGAGGUGAAGAGAAGACUACACAAAAGAGUAACCACUCGCACAUUUUGCGAGUGAUUGAUGUGACCGUGCUGGUCAUGUGAUUGCAUGUGACCAUAUGAUUGUGACAGUUGCUUUCAAGCAAUAUCACUUGUCAUGGUGCUGUGCUUUUAUUAGCACCAGCAAUCAUUCUCUGCUUCAUUCUUUGUGAUAAAAACGAGUGCAGAAAUGGAAGGUGACGUGCAACGUUUGCUACUUGCACCUUUCUCGCUCGCACGACGACAGUAUUCCGCCGUGACCAUAUUUUGUAGCGUUCACGCUCCGUUUGUACCGGCCUAUAGCACCAAUUUCGCUAGUGCUGACAAUGCCGUCAUUGAAGUUUAAUGCUCAUCAUUGGUGAGGCACAGAAAUUAGUAGAAUGCAAUGGCUAAACAAAGUUUCAUGAACUUUGGUCAGGUUAAAAAGACCCUGAAUUGGUUUUUUUUAAUGCUUUGUCAGCGUUUAGGCUAGAGCAUCAUCAAACCAUUCGCAUCACAAAUUUAGUGAAACGUGUACCAAGGCCGCUAAGGACAAUUAUAUCAUACCCUCCUUCUUACCUCUGCCUGGCCUCCUCAACUCAUGAGGCACACUAGCAUCGCUGGGGAUCGGCAAGCUCUCAUAAGCACGCUCGGCGUUUUCAUCUUUUACCGGUCUAGACCGAGAUCGCACGCCGACAGGCUGCAUGCAGUCUCGGAAGGCAUCACAGGGUGUGCCCGGCAGCAGGCAUGUUGUCUGGCAAAAGACGAAUAUCGCAGAGUGGUUCAUAUGUGCUCUGACAGGGACCGCCACCCUAUCAGCAGAUCUUACUUCUGCGCAUUCUACAGCCCAUUACAGCCGAUCGGAUCAGCAGCAACGGUGAUGUGGCUGCUGACGUGCUCUGGCCUCGUCAAGCGGCCAGAGCACGUCACUGUGAAUGGGCGGCUGAAAAAGUGUUUGGCCAAGUUGCAACGAUCUGCACUGAUUCGCAGCUUUAGAUGUAAUAAACAGCUUACGCAGAGAGCUCAGAUCGGUCUCUAAAUAACCCUUGGUACUUGGUCUACCGGCCCAAUGUGUUUGAACAAGUCGCCGAAACCAUUUCAGGGUCCCUUUGAAAGUCUCGUUCUGUUAGAACACAAUCUGAUCAAUUUUAGCGAAAAGAAAAGAAUGUAAAAACCACCUUACAGCACCAAAAUAUUUGCGUCUGCUUGAGAUUGCCCAGAAACCUCAUGGGUGGUGCUGCAAGAGGUAUUUCUUUUCUUGUGUUAUCGGUAUUGCCAAGCAUUUCUGAUGGCUAAAGCAGUGUCAUAUUGUCAAAUGUCAAAGGGUAAUACACUAGUUUGGCAUUGUAUGUCAAAAUACAAGACAAAUUGUUUUUGUUUAAUGUCCGCAUCUGCUUAAAAUGCCAAUUUGAUAAUAUGCAAUUGAAUAUGUGCAGUUGCUCUCUAGCUGGCAUGAAUUUUAUUUUACACAUGAAAGGCAGGGAGAGCUGGCAUGAAUUUUAUUUUAGACAUGAAAGGCAGGGGCACGCCAUGACUGUAAGACAAGUUUUUUUCGUCACGCUUUUUUUUACUGUGAUCGUGCCAGGCAUGGCGUAGUACCAUACAGUUUAGUACCUGAUUGAUUAACAUAAAGCCGCCAUUUCAGUCGUGCUUUCUGUGGGAGAUUUGAGUACAUUGUUCAUUUUACGCAGUGAUGUGCUUUCUUUUUACACUCUUAGUGUGCUUUUUUAUAUUCAGCAUUAAAGUUUCUUGUUAAUGCUGUUGUUGGUGAAAACUUCUCUGAAUGCCUUGCGACUGAUGUUUGUUGACCAGAAUGCAUGGUGCAAUACGCUUGGUUGAUUACUCUGUGCUGGAAGUAUUGGAUAUCUGAUGUUGCUGAUUAGGCCAUGUAGUUUGUCAUCCUGACAAAAAAAGCUAAGCUGAAUAUCAGGGACAACCUAUGAACUUUGUGUGCACUUGAACUGCAGACGUCUGCACGGGCCAUCAUCUUGACCUCGGUAAGAGAGCCAUGUUGGCUGGAGUUUGUUGUCAGCUUGUGUUUUCUUUUAUCUGCUAUUAUAAAAUGCCAGGCUUAUCAGAAAAUAAAACAUUGGUGUUCUUACUA